AUGGCGAUCUCCCUUACCGUGGUUGUGGCGGUGUUGUCAUUACACCUUCUCGCCUUCGUCUUUGCAAUUGGCGCCGAGAUGCGGCGGAACACGGUGGGGCGGGCACCUCUCCAUCUACCUACCAUAACAUCCAGCACGGCUUAGCUCGAGAAGAGCCGCGAUCUUUGUUCACUGCUAACGGAGGAUUGCCGUGCGGCGCAGGGGAAGGUGGUGCCGGACGAGUACGACGAGCGGACAUACUGCGUGUACGGCUCUGACGCCUCGACGACCUACGGCUUGGCGGCCGCCGGGCUGCUGCUGGUGAGCCACGCCGUGCUAAAUGGGGUCACUGGGUGCCUCUGCUUGGGCCGCGGUUUGGGCGGCGGCCGUCGUUGCUGUCCCGCCUGUGCUUAUUUUCUAUCUUGGUCAGCUCCUCCUCUCUCUUUUUUUUCGCUCUCGCUUUCUCUCUUUCUUAUUUUGCCUCUAUUUCUCAUUGUUUCCCAUGCUUUUCUUUUCGAGAGUGAACUCAAUAAACUGGAACAUUACGAAAUUUAUAUGAUUCUUGUGCCGAAAAUUUCACGGAGAACCCAUUUGAGAAUCGGAUGGGAAGAUUGUAUAAAUCUUGGAAUUUUCUGGGCAUAUCGUAGAAGAUGUGCGGAGGCCAUGUCAUGGUGAUCCAUGGCUUUAGAGAUUCAGGGAAGUCCUCACAAUCACCUGGGUAGAAGGCGCUAGCUUUGGUUGGAUCACGCUACCUAAUCAUGCAGUUGUAAAGGGCCCAAUUUAUGCUAUUAUUGGUCAAUAAAAGAAUAUAUCGUAAAGCUGGAGAAAGAGGAGAUCAAAAAUGGGUUCUGCACACUGAGUACAAUGGUUUGAAUGAGAACCAUGAUCCAUGCCAAUGAUACUCACAGAAACAAGAAACAGACGGAAAGAGACCCACCCUUUCAUGUUCCCACACAACACAGUGCCUAAGAAGACCAUUGAUGAGCUCAACAAUGCGAGAGAGCCAAGCCCUAGCUUACAUACUCCCUUCACCGAACAACAAAAGCCAGUCAUUCUGAAUGAAAGACCAGUUCUUAAGUAGGCCUGGAGUAAGUUUCUUGAUUUCUGUGAAGUUGGAAUCUUCCCAGUGGAUCCUCCUUCUGUACCCUUGGGUUCACAUUAUUGGUUCCUGCAAGUCUGCUCAUCAUUCUGAACUGUCUGUCCCAUCUUUGCAUCUGUAUAUGAAUCUCAGAUGGCAUCAAUCUUCUCACUCUUAAUAUUUCACUUGAAAAUGCAUCACAUGAAUCUCACUAGGGGGACGUCCAUCUCUGAGGAUCAAUAGAUCACCACCGUCUCUUGUAGAUGGUUGGAUAAAACUAUCUCUGGACGCAGAUGUAUUAAAUUAAAAAUCCAGACGAAGAACCUUGACCCAAACAAUGUAAGGGCUUCGCCGGAUUUCCUAACUGGAUGCAAAUUCCUAUACAGGAUAGUGGUAAGAAAGAUAUGACCUCUCAUCACACAGAAUCAACAGUAACUAAGAUUUUCCCUUUGGAUGUGUGGAUAUUUUUAAACUACCAUACCUUGCAAAUUCUUACUACUAGUGCUUUUCUUAAUGCUAGCCCCAACAUGUUGUCAUAGGAAUGGGUGGUAAACUACACCCUGGUGACAUGGAGGAAAAUACAACUCCACAUCUGGCAGCUCUUCAUGCUAGAUCUGUUCUUUUCUGUUCUAGAUUCACAAGGUUGAGGAUGAAAUUCACAGGAGGGAAAACAAUUCGUGAUGGACUUUCGUCCUCAUUGUCUCCAUCACAAUGUCUCCCAUGUUGUUUUUUCAGGAAGCCUGAAAAUUUGAAAGGCCUUAGAUAACAUUUGACUUCAUAAUCGCAUCUAGAGAUAUUCUACGUAAGGAUAAGUGGACUUAAAAAGAAAUCAAUUGUUGAGACAGGUGUUGGAGGCGAUGGGUGCCAAAUUUCUUUCAUGUCCUCCUGAAAUUUCUGAUGUCUUGAAACACAUGGGUUGUAUGUAUAUGGUAUUGAAGGUAGUUUCUUCCAGCAUGGAGUUUCAGAAAAACAUUUCAAAUCUGCAAUAACUUCUACCAACAUGCUAAUAUGCUCAGAUCAGCAGGGGAGAGCAUUCUGAGAAGGAGAUGGAACUUGGUAAUUUUAUGGAAACUAGUAAUUCAAUAUCCAUAUCUGCAUUAAUAACUCUCCAAUCAGUGAACUAGAAUUUCUUGAUACUAUCAAAUCAGUUUCCAGGGGUUCGGAUGUCAAGUCAAACUUGGUUAUGAACUAUUAAUAACUGGAAGAAAAAAUCAGGUUUGAAACGUCCCAAGCCAACAAGUUUCUUUGAAUCUUAUUCAAUGUUGUACUUUGAUUAAAACUAUGUUACAUGAGACAUUUGUGACAAGAUUGACGAAUUGGGGCAGGAUCGGGCACCUCCAUAUCAUGUUAUGUAUGCUUGUUUUCGGAGAAGUUGGAUGCAACUGAUGUGCUAGAUGAAUAAGCCCGGUGUGUUUAAAGGAUGUGGCGAAUUAGGAAGACUUGGUCGGUGAUCUUGAGUACAACCUGGGGCCUGCCUAAAUGUACUGAAAGAGGGAGAUGGGAAUGUCUAUUUAUGGUGGGAUUGGCGAUGACUAGGACUGGGAGGUUGCCUCCAUCUAGCUGCUACUAGCUAGGGAGAAGGGGAUUACACAAGAGGGGAUUACAUAAUGGAUAGUUGCUGGGAAAUGGGAUGGAGAAAUCCGUCAGAGGCUCAUGAGAUAUGAAACUGGAACCUGAUUUUUUUGAGGGAUGUGGAGAAAAGGAUGGGUAUCUGGCACUUUAGCUGCUGAAUUAAAUAUAUAAGAUAAUUGUCCUAAUGUUGAUGCCACAGUUUUGCAGAUCCUCUUUCAGCCUAGUGAUGUUCAUUGGUGCUCAUUGUUUUAUGCUUCUUACUAAUAGAUCAUGACAUUGGCUUGGAUCGUUAAAGUAGUCACUGACUAUUUAAAAGGUAUAUGAACCACUCAACUUGUGCUUGUUAUAUUUCGUGAUGGAAUGAUGAGAUUUCACCCAUAACUGAGUUUAAGAGAUCACUAAAUAUAUAUAUCUCUCGUGUUUUUGUGUUGGUAAAUCGUUGAUAAUAAUUUUCUUGUGCAAAACUCUCUUAUUCCAUAACCAUGAUUGUGACUUGAUUUUUGAUGCCUAUAAGUGGCUUGUAUGAGGUUAAGGUUGCCAAAGUUUGAUUGUUGAAGCUCAACAUUCCAAAGAAUUUGUUGUCAGGAAAUCUAUUUGAGUGAGAGACUGGCAGUGAUAGAGACUUUACAGACAACGCUCAUAAGUUUUUGGUGCCUAUGAGGGCCUAGCUGUAAAACUACCUUCUAGGUGUGAUUUUUAGGAAUAGAUGUUUGUGCCAAAAUUCGUAUGGCUGUGUGAUUAGAUCAGAAUACAUUUGAAAUAUUUUGGGGUAAUCAGGGGCAUCAUUUGAUACAAUAUGUUGUUUUUUUUUCUUUCCUAAGAAAUUUUAUUGUUCAUUAACUUCUUUAACGUACCAACUUGUUUUUUUCUUGGGGCAUUUAUCCACAAAGGCUGAAUUUUAUUUUCUAUGGUUUUCCACCUUGCCCAGAUCUCCUUAGUUAAGGAUAUUUCACAAUUAUUGUACUCACCUUAACAUGACUAAGAACCCUUCUCACUUUAUUUCAUCCCUCUCUCUUCGUGGUUCAGUUCACCAUCUUCUGGUGCUAUAGUUUGCUGUUAUUCUGUAUAAAGCUGCACCAUCCUGUUUAAGCAUGGCUUGGUCCUUCUCUCUAUUCAGCACCUCCGCAUUGCAGUUACAUUCUAGACCCUUCUUACUUUUAUUCUGCAUCUGUUGGUCAUCCCCAUCCCUAUCUUCACUAACAGCCCUUUUUGCACUAGUGCCUGUGUAUGCUGACUCCCACCGGCUAAUCGUCACUAAUCAGCUAUGUUGGUCCACAUGGUGAGAUGCUGUGGUCGCUCUCUAGUACCAUCAUCACUUCUCUCAUUUGCUUCCACUGUCACUGUUUCCCUUGGAUGAUACGCAUUUCGGGUUAGUAUUCUUCCUACGUUAACCUUGAACCAAAUAUGGGUAACGAUUGGGGAUAUGUGGUUUGGAUAUUCACCUUCUUAAUGAUAGGUAAGGCUAGGCUUGUUUGACCCAGGCCCAUUCUAUCUUGACCAGCUAAAGUUGGAGCCCAUAAGAAAUCAGCAAAAAUAAUAGAGCCAUGGUCAACCACCUAGGUUCCUCUCUUUCGAAUUCUUAUCACCCAUUCCACAGCACCCUCUUUCCUCCCUUUAAAUGUCUCAUCCCGCCUCACAACCACUUGACACACACUAUUGAUUAUUGAGAUCUCUUUGCAUUCUACUUUACUUCACAUGUGCAUUUUUGUAAAUUUUUCUCAUUUAGAGUUUUCUAUCAACGUCAUAGCCAAAAUAAAAUGUAAAUAAAUAUCAGUAUAGAUAGUGUGCUGUGAGUGUUUGUGAGAUCAAUCUAUCUUUGCUCUUUUAUAAUUUCUAAAUCUUGCUACUAUUAUAGAGGUCAAAAGAUUUUAUGGUGGAGAUAUUCAGAGAAUCUUUUAUUGGGAAACCUAAGGAAGAUCUUGAUGAGACGAGUCACCAAGUAUUGCCAAUGAUAGGAUUGUCCACACAAUAUAGAGUGAAAGGGACUCAAAUGAAGGGAUUUUUUCAGCUUUAAAGUUAAGUCUGGAACCUUGUCUGCUUAAUGGUCAAACGAGAGCAUGAUGAACUCAUUAGGAUGUCAGGAUACAUGAUAGGGUUCCUUGAUAGAAAUUCACAUAGGGAAAUGUUUCUUGAACAUGACAUGCAUCCCGAGGAAAUGUGAUCAUUGUCCAAUUAGGCAUCCUUGAUGACAUGAUGACAUGUUCAACAAAGAUUCCGAACACUAUGCUUAAUGGUUCUUCAAGGCAGCAUGUUGGCAUUAUUGGAUCUGAAGGUCGUCCUAUGCUAUUUAUUGUUUAUAAAGUAUUGCUCAAGCGUCACAAAAUGCCAGAUCAUUUGAAUAUUAACUUUGACAAAAAUAAUCAGGGAGCACUAGCAAUCUGAUAGGAUCCCAAGAUAACAGUGCGAAACAAGGAGGAAUAGAGAGAAGAUACUCAGGAAUGAGAAGGGAAGAAUCAGGACUAAGAGGGGAAAAGAGAGCAUGGUUGAGGGCAAGUUCGAGAGCGUCCCCAGCUCUCCCCAAAGACUUGCAAAAACCCCCCCGGUUACAGCCUCUAUGGACUCUUGUACUAAUUCCUUUAAUGGACCCCCACUUGGCCCAUUACCACUUAACCAUCCCGUCACUUAUCCUUUCCCUUGUGGGCAUAGGUUACCCAAAUAGUGGGCCUUUUUAUGGGCCCGACAAUACCAGGCCAAGCACAAUCAAUUAGAAGAGAUGUUGAGCAUUGAGGAGAACCCCAUAUCUGGUGGUGGGGUGAAAUGAAGAACAAACUGAAGGAAAAAUAUUUUUUGACCCUUAGAGAACCUGAUCCUAGAUUAGUGGAUGAACUUCGAGUAAUGUGUAGUUGCUGUGAUUCAGUAUAUAGAUUGUUAUGAGGAGGCUAUACUGUCUUGUGACUCAAGAGAUGAACCAUGAGUUGUGGUCACUUUUGGUCAUAAAUUAUGGCCGGACACAAUGUCAAACCUUAGUCUGCAAAUAGUUGAGACUUUCAAAGGAGCCUUUUGAUGAGGCUAUUGAAGCCGAAAGAUAUCUGAAAAUUUUUAGCUGUCAUCAUAUGGCUUUUCAAGCCAGAGGAUAUGGACGGAAAAAUCCAGAGCCUCAUAUACUUUCCCAGGCGUACUGUGUAUUAGCCAAGGAAGAGAUGUUGUCGUAUGUAGCUCAAGCCAUGAUACUUCUGGUGUUGUAGUACUUUCGCUAUUCUGCUGGGGUCACUUUUUUCAAAUGCCCCUCAUAGAGCCCUGCUGUAUGUAUUAAGGAGCUCGUGGUAGUUCAUUAAACAUUUUUAUCUAAAUUCAGUCUUUCUGUUGAUAAACUUGAAGUUGAAGUCACAAUCACUUCUAUGUCUUUUAUAGAUAGCUGUGUUUGGAUUUUGGACAUGGAAGUCGGUCAUUAUUGGUCAGUAAAUAUUUGUGUUUAAGCCCAUGGGAAAGUUGAUGAUGCACCUGCUUGCAGAAUGCAUUGAGAAAGCAUGAUUAGUCAAGAGAGGGUCUUAUGAAUCUACGGUCGGAAUGUUAAAUUGAAGAACUUUAUGAAUUAUGUUCCCAUCUAGUUGAGGCUACUAUAAGAAGUAUAUGGAUCUUGUAGAAUGUGCAUGAUAUUAACCCAUUAAUAAUCUCAGCCAAAUAUAGGUUCAUUUUACCUCACCAUGUUGGCAUCUUGGACUUGAUAACUAAAUGUGCUUUGGUCCUUUAAUAUCUACCUAUGUCAUGAGUAGUACGAAAUUUUGAGUACUUCCUGAUAAUCAUUAGAAGGCUGGCAUUAAGGCCUUCCAUGGGCUGUAUGAGUAGGUCUCUCUUGUUGUUUAUUGAAUGCUAAUUUAUGAAAUUUAUUUUUCGUAUGUUUGUCUUGAUUGGGGGCUGGAGCCACUGGGCUGGCUUCCUGAAGUGUUAAAAUAUCUGAUUCAGUACGUCCAAAGAUAUUUUUCAAGUGCUUGAUCUGGAACACGAAGUACUAUCUUUGUUCAUUCUUCCACUUGCUAGUGUGCUGAGGGAAACCUCUAGCCGUUGGAGAUUACUUUGACAUUAGAAGUUUCGCAUGGUUUCCUUUCUAUCAAUAGUCACCUUGUGUUUAAUAAUUCAAAGAGUCUAUGAUUGGGAACGGACUUUGGAUGGACAUGUGACUGGGCUAGUUCAAUGUAUAUUGUUUUCUUAAUCUCUUUAUGUGUAAUGCAGAGAAUGGGUGAACCAGAUUCGUGUCCUCAUCUUAACUAGUUGGAGUUAGAUACAUACUGAAAAAUUACUUUUUUGCUUAUUUUUUCUCCAACGAAAUUAGCUUGAUCCAUAAAAAGUGUGAAAAAUAUUCAAAGUGAGUUGACAACGUACCAUGCAUCAACGAAGUGAUGUUUGGUCCGUCAUUUUUCUUCUGUCAAGUUACAUGAUUGGUACUCUAGUUGGCUCUUUGUUGAUUCUGCAACAUGUACUCUUCAAUAAUAACAAACCUGAAGAGUCAACAGGGCCCCAUCACAUUAUAUUUGAACUUCUUAGUCUCAAAAAUAAAAAGUCUAGUAUGCUGUCUAAAAAUAUCGACAUCUAAUUACUGCCGUUUUUAUUAGACAAAAGGCUUAGAGUGUCAAUAAUCUGUUCAUCCGUAGAAGACAAAAAGUUCAAACUGGCAGCAUCUCAUCAAUCUAUGGUCGUCACUAGCUGUGUUAAUGGCUGUAAACAUAUUCGUAUGUGAUACAAAUGUGGCAGAUAACUUUAUUCAAAAGUGUUGCCAUUCUUCGUGUGUGUCAAUAUUUUUUCGUAAUUAAUUAGCUCAAGUGAGCACUUGUGCUCACAAGUUUUGCUACCCUGUCAAAACUCGAUUGCAAAAAGGUUGGAAGUAACAACUGAAAGGGUUGGUGAAAAUGGGGACACUGGCCUCGAGUUGAAGAUUAUAUAUUCUCAAAUUCGUGGCUAUGCAUUGCUGCUUUUAAUGUUCUGAUUUUGCGACUCCCGAGAAUCUCAACAUCCUAGCUUCCCGUUUAAUCUCAAAUGCAUUUAGAAAGUCUUUUGGAGCCUUUUUUUUCUGUGCUUUCAUUUUACUUCUAGUUUCGAUGAACACUAAUGAGUUAUAUUUUGAUUUUAUUCGUCGGCACAUUAGUAGGUUCUAUGUUAAACAUUUCUUUGCCUGUUGUAUAACUCUUUCUUAGCACUACUAGGAAACUAGUCUGUAGAUGUUAAGGUAUAGUAAUGUUUCUUGUAGAGGUGUGACUGCCUUUUCUGGCACUUUUUCUUCAAUUCAACAUAUCAUCAGCGAAACAGUUCGUCCAUUGCUCUUAUGGCCUGCUCUCUCCUGAUGCGUCCAUGAAACCACCUUGAUUGUGUUGAUGCAGAGCAUUUCGGAUUUAUUUUUUGUUCCGAAACAUUCUUGGAUGGAGCUCAACACCCCAAGCUUGAACAGCGCUCACUUGAAAGUGAAAACCUAUCAUCAUAGUUGGCCUAAAAAUUUUGAAGUCAGUUUCUCGAAUCAUUUGCCCAAGCGGUCAUGGCUAGGAACAGCAUGCAAUUUGAAAUUGACCACCAAAAGUGGGCAUCCGUGGCUGCUGUCUGAUGUGCUUAAGCUAUGCAGCAUAGGUCCAUCCUGACUUCGACCCUUAUUUCUGUUGUUGUAGGCUGAGCUUUCUUGCAGCGGAGGCGUGCCUUGUGGCCGGCUCAGCUAGGAAUGCCUAUCACACCAAGUACAUGGGCAACUUCACCAAGAAGGACUUGUCCUCAUGCGCGGCACUUCGAAAGGGGGUCUUCGGAGCCUCAGCGGCCCUGAUUCUCAUCUCCCUGGUUGUGGCACUCACGUACUAUUGGGCUUAUUCUCGGGCUGACCCUGCUGGAUGGCAGAAGCAUCACAAUGAGGGGGAUAUGGGCAUGGCGGAUUUCAAUCCUCCUGGGGACAGAGCUCGGGAGGUGAAAGCUUGA